CUCCAACAUGGCGGCGAGAGGCCAUGUGCAAGACCCUAACGACCGGAGACUUAGACCCAUUUACGACUACCUGGACAAUGGCAACAACAAGAUGGCGAUCCAGCAGGCUGACAAACUGCUGAAGAAACACAAGGACCUGCACUGUGCCAAGGCCUUACCUAAAACCCUGCCCCUAACCUCUACCCUCUACGAUGAUGAUGAUGAUGGUGGUGGUGGCAUGUUACUCAGGCAGAUCCCUCUCGCCAGGUGUUGAAAGCCAUCGGUCUGCAGCGAACAGGAAAGCAGGAUGAAGCAUUUAGCCUGGCCCAGGAGGUGGCGACACUCGAACCCACCGACGAUAACUCAUUACAGGCUCUCACUAUACUAUACAGAGAGAUGCACCGCCCUGAGUUGGUGACUAAGCUGUAUGAAGCUGCUGUGAAGAAGGUUCCCCUCAGCGAGGAGUAUCACUCUCACCUGUUCAUGGCCUACGCCCGUGUUGGAGAGUACAAGAAGAUGCAGCAGGCGGGGAUGGCCUUGUAUAAGACCGUUCCUAAGAACCCCUACUACUUCUGGUCUGUCAUGAGUCUGGUCAUGCAGGCCAUCUCUGCACAGGAUGAGAAGCUGGCCCAGACCAUGUUCCUGCCCCUGGCUGAACGCAUGGUGGAGAAGAUGGUGAAGGAGGAGAAGAUCGAGGCUGAGGCUGAGGUUCAACUGUACUUUAUGAUCCUGGAGCGGCUGGGGAAGUGUGUGGAGGCUCUGGACAUGGUCCGCGGUCCACUGGGAGAGAAGUUGACCAGUGAGUUGCGGAGCAGGGAGAAUAAGUGUAUGAUGAUGUACCAACGGCUGCAGCUCUGGCCUGAAUGCAACGCUCUGUCCUACAAACUACUGCUCAAAAAUCCUGAUGAUUGGCAGUUUUAUCUCUCCUACUUUGACUCUCUUUUCCAUCUCAUGGACAUGUCCUGGAGCCCACCUAAUGAGGGAAAGCAUUGUGUGGAGGGUCCAGUGCAGACCACGGUGGCAGAGGCAGUGAAGUUUGUGGUGGACAGGAUGGAGGAGGAGGACAAGAAGGAGUCUCGUCCUCUCAGAGGUCCCUACAUGGCCUGCCUGGAACUCAUACACAGACUGAGACAGAGGGGCUGUCCUGAUGAGCAAGAGCUAGGAGAUCCGUUGGAGUUGAUGCUUCAGUUCUUUGGGAAGUUUGGAGACAAACCCUGCUGUAUUACAGACCUGAAGAUAUAUUUACACCUGCUUCCCCCUGAGCAACACACACAGUUUAAAAACCGUCUGGGGGAGUUGGUUCCGUUGGGGGAGGUGGGGGAGGAUGGCUUUGGGUUUCCGGGGGAUACGAAGGCAUUGCAGAGACACCUGUGUGUGUGUCAGCUGAGCCGGGUGCUGGGACUUCAACACGCUCUGGACACAGAGGGCAAACUAUGCCUCAUCACAGAACUCAAAGCCCACUACCACUAUGGACUACAGUUUGGGAAGUCGUGUCUGAAGACAGAGCUCCAGUUCUCUGAUACGUACUGUCUCAUGGUCGCUCACGUCUACAUCGACCUCUGGACAGAAACUGGCGAUGAAAACAUGCUGUGGCAGUGUCUAGGAGUAUUAGAGGAGGGUUUGUCCUUCAGUCCCUCCAACGCUCAGUUCAAACUACUACUGCUGCUGCUCUUCUGUCGCCUCGGAGCCUUCCAGCCCGUAGUGGACCUCUACUCCAGCCUGGAUGCCAAGCACGUACAGCACGACACCAUAGGGUAUCUGUUAACUCGUUAUGCAGGGUCGUUGGGGCAGUUUGCUGCAGCCUCCCAGUCCUAUAACUUCUCCCUCAGGUUUUUCCACUCCAACCAGAAAGAUACCUCAGAGUACAUAAUCCAGGCCUAUAAGUAUGGCGCGUUUGAGAAAAUCCCAGAAUUCAUAGCGUUUAGAACCCGGCUCAACCAAUCUCUGCACUUCGCUCAGGUCCGCACCGAGAGGAUGUUACUGGACUUGUACACCGAGGCUGACAUCACAUCAAGUCUGGAGGAGAGUGUGAAGGCGAUGGGUCUGUGUCCUGAGGAGGAUGACAUUCCCUGGGACAACAUGAGGGACAACAGAGACCUGACUGUCCUCUUCAGCUGGGACCCCAAGGACAGGGAGCUGACUGAGGAGCAUCGUCGUCUGUCUCUACAGGAAGAGUUGGUCUGGUUAAAGGUUCGCUCUCUCACGCUCCGUCUCCUCGCCUCAUUGGCUCUGCUCGGACACGCCCCCUCAUCACGGAACUCUGAUAAGGCCAAUGAGAAUGGUGUAUCGGCCAAAAGCUCCACCCUCCAGACCCUCCUCUCCCAGCUAGACCUGACGCUACAGACCGCAGCCCAGAUCACAGAGAAACAGACACAGUGCUCAUUCCUGGGCCCUCCCUCCUCCCGCCUGGCCACGGCUCUGUCUAGUGGCAGCUGUCACUGUCAGGCCUCUGCGCUGCGACUAUCACUGACUCUUCAGGAACUAGAGGCCACUGGACUGGACGACUCGUCAGAACUCCAAACCCAGAUCUGUAACUCCUUCAAAUCAUUAACAGGACAACUCCAAGAGCUGUUAUCCAGAUGUAAAGGAGAAAUGUUGGAGAUGAAAGACAGCAGAUUGAUGACCCAGCCCUCCCUGUUAGAAACAUUGGUCUUCUUCGUCGAGACUGUGUGUGUGGUGCUGUGGGUGGCCAGUUACUCUGCCAGCGUCCUGCGACCGCUCAAGUCCAGCCUACAGAAGAAGAAGAAGAAGAAGAAGGACAGCAGCACAGCCAUGCCAGUGGUGCUGAGUGGCUUCCAGGAGUGGACAGGCAGCCUACAGGGCGUUGUGACCCAGGCUCUGGAUCACGUGAAGGGGCAGGAGGCCAGCCUAACGGCCCUCAAACUAGCAGCACUCACCCUGGGGGUGGGACAAGCACAGACACAGGAGGAGUGUGGAUUCACCAGAGCAGCCAUGGACAAGGUUCAGAAUAGUUAUCUUGGCUCGCUGCAGGAGCUGGGAGAUCUUCUGAGGAAGAGAGCUGAUUCGCUGAAGAGCCUGAAGUUCUGACCAGCAAUCACCAUCACCCUUCAAUCAAUAUUGUCAUACCGAACUAUCACUAUUAUACCUCAUCUAACUGCCCCCCCCACACAGAGCCUUCUCCCCCUGCUCCUCUCAAUGGAGGUGUUGCCUGCCACCAACAGUCUCACUUCAUCCCCUUCCCUUCCCUCUCCACAUAUCCCUCACUCUGGGUGUCACUUUAUAUAACACAGGACUCCCUUUCUCACCGUGAGAACCAUCACUGCUCUCUGUCAGCAAGGAACCACAGAUAUUUCUGGUUUGUUAUGUGAUAAUGUCAGAGAAGCUCUUCAAACAUACUAGAGCAACAUAUGAAAUAAGCAAUUUCAGACCUACUAUAAUAAAUGAUUGUACAUAGUUCGCAGAUGACAGAUCAACUACCACAGCAACAACUCCUUGACUGAACGUCAAUGAAAUGAGAACUAAGCAACAUUUUCCCCGGCUUCUGUUGCUUCCAUGGUGACAGAUGAGAAUAUCUGCUCCUCACUUCCCGAGCCUGACCUGGCAGCCCAAACAGGUACACCGUGGUCAGUGACACUCUUCUGCUCAUAAGAACAAAUGGUGCUUAACUUACUGUAUGAAAACGAGGACAGCUGAACAAAGAGGGUUCUUGGCGUAUUGUACACGCAAGGAAAGCUGAACGCGGUCCCAACUCUGAACACCUUCUGAAUUGUUUGUUUCAGAAGUGCACAACUCCAGUGCUGAUUUUAGGCCUUGACUUUUAGCCAGCAACCUUGGAAACGAGUUGUCUGCACUCCUCUCUGGGCAACCAGUGACUUAAUAGGUCAGUUUACAGACAAGUAUACUACAACGUAGGAUCAAGGAGUUAGCCAGCUAACUUGUAUACUACAACGUAGGAUCAAGGAGUUAGCCAGCUAACUUGUAUACUACAACGUAGGAUCAAGGAGUUAGCCAGCUAACUUGUAUACUACAACGUAGGAUCAAGGAGUUAGCCAGCUAACUGGCCUAAAUAUUGAUAUAUUUUUUAAAGAUGAGCUUGGUCUAAUUGACUCAACCAAAACCGCAGAUGUUUAGCUUUCUUAAUGAACCUGGAAAUCAAGUUAUUUCUGGUUAUCAAAGUUAGCUGGCUGACUCAUUGAACCAUACCCCUCUGGGGAGACUGGACACCAGUUCACCACCCUGCUCCCCACCAGUCCAUGCCUUUCAAUCCCAAACUCCCCCUUUCUUUUCAUCUCCAGUUUUUUUUGUUUGAAACCCCCUCUGUAGUUAUUGGAAUACCUGAAUCUGAAAAUACAUACAGUAUACUGUAUUUGCAUUCUAUGUCAGUGCAAAGUAUAUAUAGCUUGCCUGGUUUAGUUAAAUGACCACAGUGGAUGGUUUGUUUUAACACUGUAGGAGAGAAACCAGACAAACCGAUAGUUAUACAACCUGUUUGUUCAGAGGUGCUAGUGUUAAAUGCUGUGGAAACAGUUCUCUCUGACAAUGGCUGAAACCCAAAGUUAAGAUAUCCAAACGUGUCUGAUUUGCAAUGAAGAUGGGAAAUGUUUUUGAAAUAGUCCUUCAUUGUCUCUUCAGGUUGCAUCUCCCGCAAUUCAUUUCACUAACCGAAAUGGUCAAUGGCAGUGUUCGAGAGCAUCAAACCGACUGACUGAUCUACAAAUAUGACUCAUUAUUAGAUCAGUCACAGUUUAGAUCUUCUCUAACAUGGCCGUUGUGUCUUAAACCCCACCCUAUGUAUAACUAUAUACCAAAAACGUGGCUCUGUUGCUAUGGCAUUUGACCUGCUAGCUACAGAUAGACCUAAACCAUGCUGCGAGAGGAGACGUAUCAGACACAUCAGGGUCACGCUCUAAAAUAGUGUAUUUCUAACUGGAGGCAAACUAAGGGCUCUAUUCAGUCUAUCACGGACAUUUUAAAGGCCAUGUUCCCGAGUUAGUGCAUUUCCACUUAACAUCUUUGGGGCGAUGAAACAACGGAGGGAAUGGGCGAGGGAGCUUGGACAUGGCUGGAUCAAAUUCUGUGAUCUCGCAACGCUAUUAACCAAUUAAAGCUCACUAUAGCUUCCAGCCCCUAUUGGAUUGGCAGUUUGAUACCUAGCCUGCUUGCUAGCAACCACAUGAGGGCGAAGCUAAUGUUAUCCAAAUUAUUCCGUUAUGUGGAAAUCUUUUAGCGGAGACUGCAAACGAUGGUCAAAAAAAUAACGCAUGUCGGUUUAAUCGGAAUUGACCUUAAUCUGUAACGCUACAGCGAUAUUGAAUAGAGCCGAAACUAGUAGACAUGUUUACAGGCGGGGGCACUGAGACUGACUAAUAACGGUCUCUAUAUGCUUUGGGUUGUAGGUUUAGUUUAUCAUUUUUAAACAAGACGUGGACGACAGGGCAGGAACGUUGAACAGUUUGACCCCCCCCAAACCCACGGACAGAUGGACCCUCUCUAGAGGCUGUCAGUGGACUCCUUUUGAGGUGCUGAGAACGAAGAGGUCGACAGAGUGCCAUCAAUUUAUACCCAUUCUCUCUUUUGCUAGAAAAUGGAAAACAAAAACACUGGAAUGUCAUUUAUAUAUAAAAUGAACAAAUCA